UACCUUUUGUAUGAAGUGUGUACUAUUGUUUUUGUGUCAACAAUGCUAUGAAUUUAUGAUUAUUUUUUCAAGGGUAGCAUCAAACUCAAACUUAAUGUCAUCAUAAAAAUUUCAAAAGUCCGAAGCUUUCCAAAACUUCUUCAAAAGAAUGUAUAUUCAGAUUUAACAAUGACUACUUGCUUAAUUUGGCAACAACCAAAGACUAAAAAUUAAACAAUAAUUGUUGAUUAAUUAGUAUAUAGUUGCUGCAAAAGACCUUUUCUGACAAUACUUAUUGCAUCAAUACUUGCAUAAUUUUGUAGUAUCAAACAAUCUCUGUCUCUCACAUUUUUGCAGCUCUGUCAAUGCAGAAUAUUUUUUAAAAUGUUUGUUAAAUACAAGCAAAGAAUGCACAUUUAAAAAAUAAAGUGCUCUAUAACUGAAACAGAGCUUAGAUAUAUAGCCCAUUCAUAGCGAAUCAUGGUCGAAAACACUUUCUAUGGGUAUCAAAAUCUGUGCAAAGAACACAAUUUUAAUGGAUUGGUUUUUUUUCGUUGAUCAUCCAUAUUGGAUUAACUCUAGAAAUUUCGUCUUAUAUAUUUGAUAGGCAUUGGCUCAAAAGUUUUGCAGAUUCAUGAUUUAUGUCCAUACCAAAAGGGUCAUAGUUGAUGAUAAGUAUGUUAUCAUGGGAUCAGCAAACAUUAACUAAAGAUCUUUAGAUGGUUCAAGGGACACAGAAAUAACUAUUAGGUGCUUACCAACCAAAUUACACAUGGGCAGGAAAGAAAUCCCUCCUGCAUCGCCAGGUUUGAGAUUCUGUCUCUACUCACUUUUAAAUGCUCAAAAAAGUUCCAGACAGCCAUUGAUGCAUACUAGUAUUUUUUUGGUUUAAUUGUUUUAGCAUAUGCUUCAAAGGAAACAAAAUGGCAUUAGAGCAUGGAGAAUAGUAUCUCUGGGUAUAAAAUAUAUUUAAUGUUUGCCUAAAUUCCUAUUUAGAUUUAUUAGUUGCACUAGUAUUGUUGGGUGUAGGUUUAUGGUUAUCGGAUGUCUCUGCGGGCCAAACACCUUGGGAAAUUGGAGGAUAGUUUUCAGGAACCGUAAAGCCUAGAAUGUGUUUCUAAUUGUUCUAAAUUAUGUUUUAUUUUAUUUGUACUUGAAGUUAAUGAUAUGGCUAGAUAGGAGAAAAAAAAAGUCUGCUUGUGGAGGAAAAAAGAAGGAAGUGAAGGAGACUGGUUUGGGUCUCUCUUUGCCUAAGGAUGAGAAUUUCAGGGAACGGUACUCUGAGGUUGCUGUCAACGGUGAAAUGAUUGAGUACAAUGACAUUUCUAGCUGUUAUAUUCUGGGGCCAUGGGCAAUUUCAAUUGGGAGAUUAAGUCAUAUAAUAUUUAUACUCAUUGCAAUUUAAUUAGUAAAUAACAAGUGUUAAUUAAUUAUGAGGGAAAAAAUGGUCAUGGAUGCCAUUCCUUGA